AUGGCCACCACGAAGAAUCCGCGCGUCCUCGCCCUCUUCGACGUGGAUGGCACGCUCACGGCCGCUCGUAAGACUGCGACGCCCGAAAUGCUGACGCGUCUCGAGAAGCUGCGCGAGCGCAUUACAAUCGGUGUCGUCGGCGGCUCGGACCUCGUCAAGCAAAAAGAACAGCUGGGCAGCGACGUGGUCAACAAUUUCGACUACAGCUUUUCAGAAAACGGGCUCGUGGCUUAUCACAAUGGAGAGCUCGUGGGCGAGACGAACCUCAAGAGUCAGUUCACCAACGCACAGCUCAACCAUCUGGUCAACUUUUGCUUGCGGUACAUUGCGGACCUGGACAUUCCCGUGAAGCGCGGGACGUUCGUGGAGUUCCGCAUGGGUAUGAUCAACGUGUCUCCCAUUGGCCGCAACUGCUCCCAGGAAGAGCGCGACGAGUUUGAGCAGUACGACCACAUCCACAAGAUCCGUGAGGUCUUUGUCGAGAAGCUCCGGGCCGAGUUUCCUGAGUACAAUCUGACGUUCUCGAUCGGCGGACAGAUAUCCUUCGACGUGUUUCCGACGGGCUGGGACAAGACCUUUUGCCUUCGGUACCUGGAUGCAAAGGACUACGACGAGAUCCACUUUUUUGGCGACAAGACCAACAAGGGCGGCAACGAUUACGAGAUCUACACGAGCGAGCGCACUAUCGGUCACUCGGUCAAGAACCCGGAGGAGACGAUCAAGAUCUUGGACCAGCUCUUUCCUUAG